CCCUUAUGGAGUUACUCUGGAGUUUAUCUGACCUAGAAGCACCCUAAACUAAAAUAUGGAGGGGUGAGCUCCUGUCACCUGUCGUGUCGUACGUGCAUAAAUCCGCAAGAGCUUUGACAGCGAUGCUAGCAAAUGCUGCAACCUGGCCCCGCACAUGGAAUCCGAUGAAGAAGCAGAUUGCUACGCUUCACGAUUACUUCUACUUGGAUGUCUUGGAGUAUAGGCUGUACAGUGAAAGUGGUCUCGGAUUACUUAUAUCAUAUAUUGACUGCAGCAAUACGACGCUGGAAGGCAUCGUCUGCGAUAACACCCCAAAGCUCUUGAGACAACGAUGGGCCGAGCAAGUCACAAGCACCGUGAGACAUCUCCACGAAGUUGAAAUCGUGUGGGGCGAUGCAAAGGAGGUGAAUAUUCUAGUCGACAUAAACAGGGACGGAUGGGUUAUCGACUUUGGAGGCGGAUUCAUACAGGGUUGUGUUCAGAGGGAGAAUGUUGAAGGCGACUCCUAG